AUGGCCUCAAGUCACAACUCGCUCCGGGACCGCCAGAUCAGAUCGAUUGAGCGCAUGCUGAAUUUAAACCACGAUUCCGAAGAAUCCAACGGCGACCACGAGCAUUCCGCGAGCAACGGCGCAACAGCCGUUUCUGUGCCCAUCCUCAACUCAGAUGGAGAUCCCAUAUGGAAAGUGCUUGUCUUUGACGACCUGGGUCGAGAUGUCAUCAGCAGUGUCCUGCGAGUGAGCGAUUUGCGAACAUGGGGAGUGACAAUGCACAUGCACAUUGCAUCCUCGCGGCACCCGAUCCCAGAUGUACCAGUUCUAUAUCUCGUUGAGCCUACGGCGUCGAAUCUGGCUUCGAUCACCUCCGACCUCUCGCGCGGACUCUACUCUCCCGCCUACAUCAAUUUCCUCUCCUCCAUACCACGACCCCUCCUUGAAGACUUUGCGAGGCAAACGGCCGAAGCGGGGACUUCUGAGAGUAUCGCGCAAUUUUAUGACCAAUAUCUGAACUUCAUUGUGGGAGAGCCGGAUCUGUUCAGUCUAGGAAUGAGAAAAGAUAAUACAUAUUGGGCCCUGAAUAGUGCGCGGACGAAGGACGAGGAGCUCGAUCAUGUCGUAGACAGGAUUGUCACUGGUCUGUUCAGUGUAAUGGCUACAAUGGGUGUUAUGCCCAUUAUACGUUGUCCGAAAAAUGCGGCAGCAGAAAUGAUUGCAGCAAAGCUCGACCGGAAACUACGAGACCACAUUCUGAACUCAAAAGACAAUCUGUUCUCAUCGUCACAGAGCAAUCGUCCAUCCACAUCCAGUGGGGCGUCUUCCUCGCGUCCUGUUCUCAUUAUCCUCGACCGAAACGUAGACUUGAUACCUAUGCUCUCUCACUCCUGGACAUACCAAUCACUAGUGCACGAUGUGCUGAAAAUGAAGCUCAACAGGAUCACAGUUGAGACGCCGGUAGACGAGAACAACCCGGCUAAGGGCUCGACGAAGAAAGCAUACGACUUGACAUCAACGGACUUCUUCUGGAGCAAGAAUGCCAGCUUGCCCUUCCCAGCGGUGGCGGAAGACAUCGACGCAGAAUUGAGCAGGUAUAAGGACGAUGCGAAUGAGGUUACGAAAAAGACAGGAGCUUCCUCAUUAGACGACCUACAAAACGACACCAGCGCAUCUGCACAACACUUAAAAGCUGCCAUCACCCUAUUACCCGAGUUGAGAGAGCGGAAGGCUGUCCUUGACAUGCAUAUGAAUAUUCUUGCCGGAUUGCUGACGGGAAUCAAGAAUCGGCAAUUGGACAACUACUUCCAGAUGGAGGAGGCCAUUACGAAGCUCAGCAAGCAACAGAUGCAGGAAGAGUUGGCGGGCCAAGACAAGGGCUCCGAGCCAACCGACAAGUUGAGGCUAUUCAUCAUCUGGUUCCUAAGCACCGAGCAAGAUGUAUCCAGAGCCGAGAUGGAGAAGUUCGAGGAGUUGUUGAAGGCAGCAGGCGCUGAGACGUCUUCUCUCGCCUACGUCAAGCAGGUCCGCGCCACCACUCGCAUGACAAUGAUGACCUCCGCUCCAUCCCAAUCCAAUCAACAGCCCUCCAACGCUGGCAGCCUCUUCGGCACUUUCCAGAGCCGCCUCGGUGGCCUCUCGACCAUCACUUCCAAAAUCCAAGAGUCCGGCAUCGGCGGUAACAUCGGCGCCAACUUCGAAACCCUCAUCUCAGGUGUCAAGAACCUGAUGCCUGUCAACAAAGACCUUACCGUAACCAAGAUCACCGAGUCCAUCAUGGACCCCGCGGGCGCCAGCAGCAGCGCCAUUGCCAAAACGGAGAACUACCUGUAUUUUGACCCCAGGAGUGCGAACGCGAGAGGUACAUUGCCCCCGCCAAGUGCAGCAAGGAAAGGGGAGCAGAUGCCGGGUGGUCUGGGGCCCGGCAUGACAGCUACGUUCGGGCAGAGGAGACAGGGUUUUAGCGAGGCCAUCGUGUUUACCGUUGGCGGGGGCAGUAUGGAAGAGUAUGGCAAUCUGCAGGAGUGGGCUAAGCGGACCGGGGCUGGGGGGAGCGGCGCGAGCCAGGGUGCGGGCAAGAGGAGAGUGGUAUAUGGGAGCACGGAGCUAGUCAACGCCGAGGAAUUCCUGAAGAUGGAGUUGGAGAAGCUGGGGGCUGAGGCUGCGUAG